GGGCGUCCGGUUGUCCCGCACCCGCCCGUGACACGGACUCUCGCGCUCAGCACGGCACGGAGCUUCUCCUCUUCACAGCUGAUCGGUAACUCCGCGUCUGUCACAUUUCCGCGAAGGCGUGUGUUGUAGUCGUUACCGGGGAGGAAGGACGCACUUGCUUGGAGACGCCGGCGGCCCGUGCAUGGACGCAUCAUGUCUUCGUUUGUGUGCCGGGUUCAGUUUCUAGACGACACCGAUCCGUUCAACAGCACUAAUUUCCCGGAACCGACCCGAGCUCCUCUCUACACCUUCAGAGAAGAUAUUCCUCUGAUUAACCAGCUCGCAGGGGUCCACCGACUCCUCAAAGCCCCUCACAAGCUCGAUGACUGUGCUCUGCAGCUCUCUCACACUGGUGUGUAUCUGGAUCUGGAGUCGACACUGGAUGAGCAGAGAGAUGAACUGGAGGGAUUUCAGCAGGACGACUGUGCAGGGAGGGGAAAGAAGCACAGUGUGAUUUUACGCACUCAGCUGAGCGUCCGUGUUCACGCGUGUAUCGAAAAGCUGUAUAACUCAAAUGGCCGUGACCUGAGGCGGGCUCUGUUUUCCAUCAAGCAGAUAUUCCAGGACGAUAAGGAUCUGGUUCAUGAGUUUGUUAUGGCUGAAGGUCUGACGUGUUUGAUCAAGGUCGGCGCUGAAGCGGAUCAGAACUAUCAGAACUACAUCCUCAGAGCUCUGGGUCAGAUCAUGCUGUAUGUGGAUGGGAUGAACGGGGUCAUAGGUCACACCGAGACCAUCCAGUGGCUCUACCUGCUCACCGGCUCAAAGUUUCGUCUGGUGGUCAAAACCUCUCUGAAGCUGCUGCUGGUGUUUGUUGAGUAUUCAGAGUCCAACGCACCACUGCUCAUCGAGGCCAUCGACACUGUGGACUCUAAGAGAGGCUGUAAGCAGUGGUCAAACGCUAUGGAGAUUUUAGCAGAGAAGGAUGGUGUGGACACAGAGCUGUUGGUGUAUGUGCUGACCCUUAUUAACAAGACGCUGGCGGCGCUGCCCGAUCAAGACUCGUUCUAUGAUACGGUGGAUAUUCUGGAGGAGCAGGGAAUAGAGAGCGUGUCGCAGCGUUAUCUGGGUCGGAAGGGAACCGAUCUGGACCUGUUGGAGCAGCUCAACAUCUAUGAGGCGACUCUUCGGCACGAGGACGGUGAUGAGGAUGCUUUGCCUCCGUCCUCCGGCCGGCAGGACAGACGCCGCUCCAGCGUGGGCGGAGCAGAGAGGCGGGGCUUGGAGAGACGCCGCAGCCGCAGGCAUUCAUUGGGCAGAUCAGGCCACGCCUCCCCGCUCAGCCCCGCCUCCCCACACCGCGCUAACUUCCAGCCGUUUAACGGACAGGAACUCGACGAGAGGUCGUUUUCUGCUGUAAGCUCUUCAUCCACACCAGCCAAACAACACAGUGACAGGACACCUUCGGUUUGGUGGAAGGGUCUGGAGGACGAGGUUUCGUCUUCUCUUUUGUCUUCUCCGAGGAGGAAGCAGACCAGACGAGACUCAGUGUGUUUGAUGAAUGUGUGUGUCAGGUUUCGGACGGCCGAGCGACUGGCGGCAGAGGAGUUCGAGCGAGAGCGAAUGCGUUCAGCAGCUCGAGGUCUCAGCCUCACUCUGAGCCCGACGGACACCUGUCAAUCAUCCCACAGUGCCACGCCCUCCUCUGUGACAUCACAGGAUGAGCAAGACACGCCCAUCACGUCGUACCCGCCCUCUGAACCAGACACUAAUGAUCUAGAACCGGACGUGGAGGCAAAUCUAGAACCCGAGGAGACGGAUGCAGAAGCCAGAGAAGAACAGGAAGAGGAAGUGGAGGAGAUACGUGCUGAACAGGAAGUGGGCGGAGCUGAGGAGCGGGUGGAAGAGGAAGAGGAGGGGUCUGAACGGGAAGCGCCGGAUGGAGAAGCGGAGGACAGUGGCAUCUUGAGUGAUAAAGAACGACAGAACGAAGAAGUGAACGAGAAGGACAACUGCUCCGCCUCCAGUAUAUCCUCAGCCAGCAGCACACUGGAAAGAGAAGAUGGACUCAAUGCAGGCAGCGCAGAGACAGGUCAGUGGUCAGCUCAGAGCGUCAGCAACGAACAACGAAACAAGAUCCUCAACAGCAAACUCUUCAUGCUGGACAUGCUCUACUCGCAGAACAAAAAACCCUCGGAGGAAGACAAGGACGAAGACGAGCUGGCCGAGGCCAAAGAGCGAGAUGCAAAAGAAAAGGCUGAGGAUUCGUCGCAGGACGCGACGCCACUAGAAGGGAACGCCGCUAAGAGUGAAGGAGACAAGAAAGUGGAGAACCAGAGCAACGUGCGGGCGUUCGCAGAGCGCUUCGGUGACAUAGUGAAGGGUCUCACCUCUCCACCAAUAGAAACGCAGGAACCUCCUCCUCCGCUGCCGCCUCCGAAGAAGGAGUCAGAAUCCAUCUGGGACCAGCUGAUGGCGAGUCCGCGGGAUCUGCGCAUCGGCGACAUCGACUUCACCGAUCUGGGAGACGAGGACGACGAGGACGCCCUGGACUCUGGGAGUUUAUAUAACUCCGGCGAUCUGCUGGCUCCGCCCCCUCCACCACCACCCUGCCCCUUUAACCUCCCGGCCCCGCCCCCUAUGUUCAGCUGCCCACCGCCCCCUCCCAUGUUCAGCAUCCGCGUGCCUCCGCCCCCUCCCUGCUUUUCCAUCCAGGCUCCGCCCCCUCCUCAGCAGCAGGCGGAGCAACCCCCACUCUUCCAGAAGAGGAAGAAGACCAUCCGCUUGUUCUGGAGUGAAGUCCGGCCCGCCGACUGGAUCUACCGCAACCACAAACGCAGCCAAGAGUCGCUCUGGUCCAGACUUGAACCUGUCAAACUUGACACGGCUAAACUUGAACACCUGUUUGAAAGUAAAUCCAAAGAGAUGCCCGUGACUAAGAAAACGGCAGCGGAUGGGAAGCGGCAGGAGAUCAUCAUUCUGGACUCCAAACGCAGCAACUCCAUCAACAUCGGUCUGACGGUUCUUCCACCGCCACGCACCAUCAAAACCGCCAUACUGAGCUUUGACGAGUAUGCGCUCAACAAAGAGGGCAUUGAGAAAAUCCUGAUGAUGAUUCCCACAGAGGAAGAGACGCAGAAGAUCCAGGAGGCUCAGCUGGCGAAUCCUGACAUUCCGCUGGGCAGCGCAGAGCAGUUCCUGCUGACACUGUCCUCCAUCAGCGAGCUCUCAGCGCGCCUGCAACUCUGGGCCUUCAAACUUGACUAUGAAGCCACCGAGAAGGAAGUGGCCGAGCCGCUACAGGACCUGAAGGAGGGCAUGGAUCAGCUGGAGAAGAACAAAACGCUGCGCUUCAUCUUAUCGACUCUGCUGGCGAUUGGAAACCUCCUGAACGGCUCCAACGCCAAAGGCUUCGAUCUGACGUAUCUGGAGAAGGUUCCUGAAGUGAAGGACACGGUUCAUAAGCAGUCUCUCCUGCAUCACGUCUGCAGUAUUGUGGUGGAGAACUUCCCCGACGGCACAGACCUGUACUCUGAGAUCGGCGCCGUCACGCGCUCCGCGAAGGUGGACUUCGACCAGCUGCAGGAGACUCUGACUCAGAUGGAGUGGCGCUGCAAAGCAUCAUGGGACCACCUGAAAGUCAUCGCAAAGCACGAGAUGAAGCCGGCGCUGAAGCAGAAGAUGUCGGACUUCCUGAAGGACUGCGCCGAGAGAAUCAUCAUCCUCAAAACUGUCCACCGCAGGAUCAUGAACAGGUUUCACUGGUUUCUGCUGUUCCUGCGUCAGCCGGCGUACAGCGUCCGUGAGAUCAGCGUGACUCGGUUCAGUAAGCUCCUCAGUGAGUUCGCUCUGGAGUACCGCACCACUCGCGAGCGCGUCCUGCAGCAGAGACAGAAGCGCGCCGAUCACAGAGAGAGGAACAAGACGCGAGGGAAGAUGAUCACAGACCUCAGCACACAGACGGAUGAUGAAGAGGACAGUGAGGCGGGUCGUGUGUGUGUGAGCAGUGGCGGCAGCAGCAGUACCGCUCCCGCUGUCGACCCGCAGACAGAGCCGCAGGGUUUAUGUCACGCUAAGGACACAGCUGAACACGAGCAGAUGAAGGCCGUGUUGAAGAGUAGUCUGCAGAGAGGAGACAGCGACAGCACCAGCACCGGGAUGACGGGCCUGAGGACGCGCACACGCACACGCGCCAGCAGAGGCCGCAGCGCUUGGGCUGCAGGGAACGAAGAGUCUCAGUGCGCGACGGACGACGCUGCAGAUGAGAUCAUGGAGAGAAUCGUACGAUCUGCCACUCAGAGUCCCAGAGAACGAGCGCAGCCCCGAGAACGACGCCGCUCUCGCGCAAACCGCAAGUCAUUGAGGAGGACUCUGAAGGGCGGUCUGACCGCAGAAGAAGCUCAAGCGCUGGGAUUGGACACGACCGAAGCACACUGACGCAGAACUCAUCUCAGGACAACAGAAUCAGUAAAAACAUGUUUUAGAUCACGAAACGGCUGCAGAAGCUUUUCACCCAUCAUAAAUACAGCAAAGCUCCGCCUCCAUUGUGUGUGUUUGAUUCUAAGCCACGCCCCCUCAUUACAUACACAGCUCACCAGCCAAUCACAGGCCGCCACUGUGAUGAUGUACAAUCCCUUUACAGAAGCGUGUUCAGGUAAAGGAGAGCUAAGAAUAUGUUUUCACUCAGACUGAACGCUAUUUGAAUUAUUUCUAUUAAUGGUGAAAUGUCACUUGAUUCACUUUAUGUUUGCAUCAGUCAGAUCAGUGAAACUGUGCUCUGAUACUUUGGAUUAUUUAUUGUAAAAUGUGCAACAUGAAGGUACAACUUUAUAAGAGACAUUAAAUGUGUUUAUUUUUUAAAUCCUACAAUUCUAGAUGUGGUUUUCGGACGGUGAAACACCUUUAAAACACACAGACUCAGUGACUUUUUUGUUCAAAUCAACACAGUCGGAUUUACUAAAAGUGCAGUUCAGUUUUGUAUCUUUUGUCAUAUUGCCAUGUUUUAACCCUCUUCACGCAUUCAGGUCUGUUUUGACCCGGAAGACACACAUAAACGUUUCUAAACAAUGCAGGGUUUUUAGUACGGGAACGAAACUUCGCAGAUGCUUUAAGACCCUCAAAAUACACAUCAUUUAUUUUUUUCAGAUUUUUUACAGUUAUUUUUUAAGAGAUAUAACCUGUUUCGUG